CAUCACCCUCGCCCCUCGCCGCGUCCUCGCCGCGCUCACACCGCUACUUGCUCCGCGUCUCGCCACGCCUUGCCUCGCCGUGCACUGCGCCUGCGCGCCGCUGCACCGCCCUCUCCGCCGCCUGCGAGCCCACACCUGCACGUCUCGUCGCUCGUCCGCGACCCCGCUAGCCCACCAUGGCCCUCAAGCGGAUCAACAAGGAGCUGCUCGACCUCGGCCGUGACCCGCCUUCGUCGUGCAGCGCCGGCCCCACUGGCGACAACAUGUUCCAGUGGCAGGCGACGAUCAUGGGGCCUGGCGACUCGCCGUACUCGGGUGGCGUCUUCUUCAUGAGCAUCACCUUCCCGACCGACUACCCGUUCAAGCCGCCGAAGGUGUCCUUCUCCACCAAGAUCUACCACCCGAACAUCAACUCCAACGGCUCGAUCUGCCUCGACAUCCUGCGUGACCAGUGGAGCCCGGCGCUGACCAUCUCCAAGGUGCUGCUCUCCAUCUGCUCGAUGCUGACGGACCCGAACCCCGACGACCCGCUGGUGCCGGAGAUUGCGAACCUGUACAAGACCGACCGCCCGCGCUACGAGAGCACAGCACGCGAGUGGACGAGAAAAUACGCCAUGUAAAGCGCAUCAGCUCGCCCAACGUCACGUCUCGCGCUCUCACGAUGUCACGUCGCCGCCGUCCGGUCCCGGAGUGGGCGCUUGGAGUGCCCCGCUGCUCCUCGCGUGCGCUUCCCGUCCGCAAUGUAGAACUAGUCCGCCUCGCCGUGGUGGUCCACCCUUCUCGUACUUGGUCGUUCGUCCUCUCGAUCCCCCCUCCACACCUCCACACGCCGUCUUACCCUACCACCUUGCCUCCUCAACACGACCGUUCCCGGGCUCACCUCGCACCCACCCUGCGACGC